CCCAAAUCUCCUCUUCCCCAAAAUACUCUCAGAAUCUUUUAAAGUCCAGAAGCUUCUUCUGAGCCCUAACAAUGGUGACAACGAAGAAGAGCGAAAGCAGUCUCAAGUUCCUCUGCAGUUACGGCGGUAGAAUACUUCCUCGUUCUGUAGACGGAAAGCUCCGUUACGUCGGCGGAUUCACCAGAGUCCUCUCCGUUGUUGAUUCCAUAUCUUUCUCAGAACUAAUGGUGAAAUUGGAAGAGUUCUGUGGAUACACCGUUGAUCUAAAGUGUCAGUUACCAAACGGAGAUCUCGAGACGCUGAUCUCCGUCAAGUCCGACGAGGAUCUAACGAACAUAGUGGAGGAAUACAAUCGCGUCUACGGAGGCAAGAUUCGAGCGGUUUUAUCUACUCCUAAGCAAAUAUCGCCACGAUCUAGCGGCGGCGGCGGCGAUGUGUCACCGAAGUCGCCUUUCUCCGUCGUCGUCGUGGCUUCUCCUCCUCCUCCGUCUGCGGCGUAUAGAAGGUUUCCACAAGCUCGGUAUCAGAUGGAGAAUCUUCAGAGCGGAAUAUUCCGUAAGCGAGCGGAGGAAUAUUCGCGUUGCUGUAAAUGCCGUAUGCAGAACAGAGACUCCAAACUCAUUUGGCAUUGACGUUUUCAAACGGUCGUCAAAUCGAAUAGACUUAAAUAAUAAAUAAUAAUUUUGGAAGUUUAUAUGGUCGUUGAUGUUGAUGGUUAUGAUGAGAAAAUUAAGGAAAUUACUAAAGUUUGUAGUCGGAAACAUGGUUCCAGUGAAACGGAGAAGAAGACGGAGUUUUUUUUUUAUCUUCCGUUAUCUUUCUUGUUAAGAUAUGUGGGUAACGUACAACGUUAGUUUUUUUCUCAAUACGUGGUACGUUGCGACCGUUCUAGUUGUGAAACGUGUCAAUCUCAGACGUGAGUAAUAUGUGUGUGUUUUGUGGAUCAGUGGAUGUGUUUUCUCACACGUGUAUGUAUGCCUGUUAGACUGUGACUCAGUGACACCGAAGUUUGGCCUUUUUU